CUGGAGUUAAUCACCUUCCAAAGACACUGCUGCCGGUAUACCCGCUCGUAACUACGAGAGUCACCGGUGCCCUCUCUCAGCGAGUUCGUUCUGGUCUUGCGAUAACAUGGGGGGCUCGAACUACAUUAUAUCCUUAACGCCAACUUUUACUCAAGGUCUCAUCUUAGGGCAGCUCUCGAUUUUGAUUCUUCUAGCUCUCAUCUUCAAAUAUCUGUUUUUGGAUGCUUCUGACGCAGAGCAUGCACCAGGCCUAUCUUCUCAUCACCGUCCUCAACUAAAAGCCGAGCGUCCACCUUGGAAUUAUAAAACAGAGCCGAUACACGAGAACGGGCAAAGUCCACUGGAGGUGCCGGAGUCUGCGGAAUGGUUCAAUAUGCUCGCGCAGCAGGUUACCGAGGUAUAUCGGUCAAAGCUGCGAGAUAACCUGGCGGAUGUUGAAGGCGACGAAGUAGCACGGAAGAGGAUAGAGUCCUACGUUAAUCAAAUAAGGCCUAAGGGAUUCUUGGACUAUAUCAAUAUACAUUCAGUCGACUUAGGAGUGUCGGCACCUCGACUAUCUGGUGCUCGGUUAGACACUGGAGACACUAUGCCGAUCAAUCCAAAAGUAAUCCUAGAUAUGACAUAUGUUGAUUCAUUGUCAGUUUCUCUUUCGACUGCAUACCUAUUCAACUACCCAAUGUCCUCCUUCGCACGACUCCCAAUAUCACUUACCAUAUCACUUUCAUUAUUCAAGUCUUCAAUAACUUUGACCCCACCAACCCCAUCAUCUGAGCCGCCAUCUGUGACCAUUUCAAUACCACCCGAUUUUACUCUGGAUUUGAAGACCACAUCGCUCAUAGGCAGUCGUGCGAAGCUUGCAGAUGUGGCCAAAUUCCACGAAUUGAUUCGGCAUCAUCUGCACAGAAUUUUAGCAUCGCGAGGUACAUGGAAAGUUGCUCUACCAGGGCUAGGAAACAUGGCAGAACCUCCAGAGCAUAAAUAGGACGAUAAGUAUAUUGGUUCUGAGGAUACCGAUGUUGUACUUGCGACUUCGUGUUUCUUUAGUCGUGGGUAGCCUAUUCAUGACGAUAAAUAUAAAAGCCUGAUUCUCCGUCAUAUUCCUGUU